UUCUGUAUCUUUUCCAUCAAAUAGAUUCAACUUGUUAUGUAUCACCCGAGGAAUUUUUCCUUUAUUUUCAAUGGAAAACUGAGUAAUCUGCAUUCUCACAUAUGAGCUUUAUCAAAAUAAAAUCUUUGAUGGCGCUACUCGUUUGGAAUAUUUACUAUUUUGCUCAUGCUAUAUAUGUGGCUUAAUUUUAACGCUUGAACCAUAGGGUUUAAAGCCCACCAAGUGGGUACUGUUGAUAUGCAUAUAUGGCAUUAAAAACUGUGGACAUUGCUGGGCACAAAUAGUAGUUUUACAGAUGACCAUUUGACCUUCUCUCCCACCUCAAGGUAGGGUGAAAUCUCUUCUGCUUCUUGCACUGAGUGGUGACCAACAUCCCCUUUCCAUUGCAUGUGGCAUCAAUGUGUUUCCAGUACUGAGAAGAAUGAGGAAUCAUUUGAACAACCUUGGGCUGUGCUUCCAGCAUCUAUGGUGGUUUAGUGUUUGGGUGCUGCAGCCUCAUUUCUAACAUGUCCCAGAGAAGUAGUUUGCAAUACUUUGGUCAAUGGUUAUCCACAAGGCUGGUAAAGAGCUGCCAACUUGCAGGUGGUGGUUGUUGUUGUCUAGUCCUCUCUCAGUUGUGGAAGCGAGCCAUAUGCGUCUAGUUUUUCAUGAUGUUGAUGAGUGUCUGCUGGAAGUUUAAGUUUUCAUCUGUGUGCAAGAAUGGCUUAUAUUUGCACAACUAUCUGUAGGACUAAAAAUCACCUGAAACAGAUCAAUAUUUUUUGCCAUUGGUGAUUCCUAGAGACACGUGCCUUCUAUUUUUAGUUGAUUAGGAAUGCAGCCAAUUGUUCUGUGCUUAAUUAUGAUCCUGUUAUUUGGCAUCACUAUUUGAUUAGAGUUCAGACAAUUGCUUCUCCUUCCUUUUUGUUGCUGGACUGAAAAAUUUGUAGGUGGUGAUGAUGGUUGCAUGCAAUUCACAAAUUCUGAACCACUAUUGGUUGCUCUUUCGUUCUGCUAAUGCGGUCUAAUGUUCCAAAAUUUCAGCUGGGUUCAGGAUUCGUUAUUGCAGAGGUCGCACUCUCCACAAACUCAAGUUUGUCAAAGUUGUUCUACGAGUGCAGAGACUACAUUGUUGCCACUUGUCAAGGCAGCAAUUGGGUUGAGAAAGUGGAUGAUAUAUGCCAGGUGUAUGAAACAGUGGAGAUGAUGUUACUAAAUCCAGAUGAAGUUCUAAAGAUCACAAAUCAGCCAGAAGAAACCUCAAUUGCUGGUGAACCGAAAAAUAGGUUUAAGAGGCUUGGCUUCAUUUUUGGUGGCAAAGAUAGGCAUGGAAAACCAGAGUCAAAAGACCAGAAGAACUCAGAGGAGAACCCGGCACGCCAACAAUUUUCAUCAAUAUUUUCGAAGAAGCCUCCUAAGGCCAGCAGUGCAUCCCCAGCUGAAAAACCUGUUUGUUCGAUUGAAAAUGAUUGGACAGUCAUUUAA